AUGAGAGUCUUACCUCAUGAAAUUGAUUUCGCUAAAUUUUUAUUAUUAGUUGGUGAUGGAACUCUGAAUGACCAACGCGACAAUUUAUUUUUACCUGAACAUUGUAUUCUUAAAAAUAAUGAUAUAGUUCGUACUGUGUUUCAACAAUUGAUCAUAGACAAGAAAUUCGAUAUAAUGAGUAAAUGUGCUAUUUUGUCCGCCCGAAAUAUUGACGUAGAUGAAUUAAAUAAAUCAGUUAUUGAUUUGUUAGAUAGAUCUACUGAACAUAUUUAUACCGGCAUUGAUAGCACCGAAAAUUGUGACAAUGGUGAAUUUGACGAAGUACUUUUGCCAGAAUACUUAAACUCAUUGAAUCCUUCCAGUUUGCCUCCACAUGAAUUACGAUUAAGAAAAAAUUGUAUUGUAAUGUUAAUUAGAAAUAUAAGUAUUCAUGAAGGUUUAUGCAAUGGUACACGUUUAAGGGUGUUAGAUUUUUCUAAACAUUUGUUGAAAUGCGAAGUUCUGGCGGGAGACAAAUCAAAUAAUAUUGUAUUCUUGAAUCGUAUUUCAUUAUUUUGUAUAAAUGAGUAUCCAUUUACUUUCAAAAGACGCCAAUUUUCAGUUAAGUUAGCGUUUGCGAUGAAAAUCAAUAAAGCUCAAGGUCAAACGUUUGAAAAUAUUGCUAUUGUUCUUCGUAGGGAUGUUUUUAAUCAUGGUCAAUUGUACGUAGCAAUGUCGUAUGACGAAGAAAUUUAA